AUUACAAUAACCAUCGUCGGGUUAGGACGUGUUUCAUCUGUUCCAAGAAAUAGUGGAAAUGUCUUUGGUUUUAAUUUUAUCUUUUCUGGUGACCAACUAUAUAUUUUGCCUUGUCGGCGGACAACUGGCAUGCCGGACACCAUCGAGUGUUGGGGGACGGUGCAUAGAUGUUGACCAGUGUCCUCCUCUGGUGGCCAUACUGAACAAGCCGCGAAGAACUAAUGCCGACUACGAAAUCUUAAGGCAAUCGCAUUGUGGCUUCAAUGGAGACAUGCCAAAGGUAUGUUGUCCGCAAACUACCCCUCCACCAAAACCGAACAAUAUCAGAUGCUUCACCCCUAAUGGCAAGGAGGGCAGAUGUAUCAACGUGCACUCCUGCCCUCAACUCAGCAGGUGGCUGCAACAACCCCCAACCAUUGGUAUUGUUACAUUCAUAAGAAAUUCUAGAUGUAACGGUCCUCAACCUCAGAGCGUAUGCUGCGCGCAGUCUACUGCGGUGGAAUCAACUGUGACCACCUCAGCGGUCUGCACCGCGACAGCUUACCCCCCAGACCCGAGAACAGGAUGCUGCGGCAUCGAGGGAGAGAGCAACAAAAUUUAUGGUGGCAGUGAAACUGGCAUAGAUCAGUACCCAUGGUUGGUGAUCAUCGAAUACAAGAAAGGGAAUCAAAUAAAGCUACUUUGCGGCGGAGCGCUAAUAAGUGGCAGAUACGUGCUAACCGCAGGUCACUGCGUCGCUGGUCAAGUACUCGACAAUGGGUCACCUGUCAAUGUCCGUCUCGGCGAGUACGAUAUCAAUAAUUCCGGUCCUGACUGCGUGGAGGCUGCGGGAGGUGGAAGAGACUGUACGCCCGGAGCUCUGAUACUGCCGAUAGAGAGGACCAUCCCUCAUCCGCAGUAUAACCCUUAUAACAAUUUACGGAGGAACGACAUCGCGCUCAUCAGGCUAAGAGAGAUGGCGCCGUACACUGAUUUCAUUCGUCCAAUCUGCCUACCGAAUACGGACAUGACUUCACAGCCUGCAAUAAACUCUAGGCUGGAGACGGCUGGUUGGGGCGCUGUGGAUACGCAGACCAGUAGCAGUAAUACAAAACUUUUCGUUGAUCUUCCACUAGUAUCAGCCAAUGAAUGUGAGGCGGUAUACAAGAAACGGUUCAAUAUUCCCCUAUGGAAGGGUCAACUGUGCGCUGGAGGUGAGAAGGGCAAGGACUCAUGCAAGGGAGAUUCUGGAGGACCACUGAUGUAUCAGAACGGACGGGCAUACGAAGUGAUCGGAGUCGUUAGCUUCGGGCCGACGCCGUGCGGACAGCAAAAUAUUCCUGGAGUGUAUACUAAAGUUUACGAAUACUUACCAUGGAUACGAAGCCAAAUAAAAUCUUGAUAAACGUAGUCUACUGCAA